UUGUCAUACAUACUCGAACAAAUCCUCUGUCUCGCCACACUCCAUAAAGUACCAAAACAAGAAUCUUUAUCCCUUUCCUCCCUAUUUAUUUCUCUCUCUCUCUCUCUCUUCAAAAGUCAAGCUAUCGAAAAAUCUUGAUACCAAGUUUCCGAACGAACAGUAGUACGGUGUUGUUCUUAAUUUAUCUGCACCCCACGAAAAUUGCAGAAACAAAUGGGAGGUAGUAGUGAAGUGGGUUGCUCAAGUUCGAAUCUUUGGUUGGCGGAAGAUCCGAGCAAAAGAUGGGGCGAAAUAUUCUUUCUUCUCUACACUCCCUUUUGGCUCACUCUCUGCCUUGGCAUUGUUGUUCCCUACAAACUCUAUGAGAAUUUCACGGAGUGGGAGUAUUUGGUUCUCGGACUUGUUUCAGCACUCCCUGCUUUCAUUUUACCUAUGAUUUUUGUUGGCAAGGUGGAUAGCGCCAAACCUUUGAAGGAUCGGUAUUGGGUCAAAGCUAAUCUGUGGAUCAUACUUUUCAGUUACGUCGGAAAUUACUUUUGGACCCACUAUUUUUUCACAGUCUUGGGUGCCUCGUAUACAUUUCCAUCGUGGAAGAUGAAUAAUGUACCGCACACAACUUUCCUUCUCACACACGUGUGCUUCUUGUUUUAUCACGUUGCAUCAAAUAUGACACUUCGAAGAAUCCAGCAUUCUAUCGCACACUUGCCAGAGAAAACUCAAUGGCUAUUUAAAUCUGCCUGGAUACUCGCUUUUUCGUACUUUAUUGCGUAUCUCGAGACUGUAGCUAUUUCUAAUUUUCCCUAUUACGAAUUUGUGGACCGAGCUUCCAUGUACAAAGUUGGCUGCUUGUUUUACGCAAUUUAUUUCUUUGUUAGCUUCCCAAUGUUUUUGAGAAUUGACGAGGAAGGUGGCGAUAAAUGGGACUUGCAGAGAGUGGCGGUUGAUGCAUUAGGAGCGGCAAUGCUUGUAACGAUUAUACUCGACUUAUGGCGUAUUUUUCUCGGUCCAAUUGUUCCGGUUUCAGAAUCCAAACAAUGCCUUGAACCAGGGCUACCAUGGUUUUCAGUAAGUGCCGCCGCGUAGCCUGAAAAAAACGGAACAUUCAUCGGUUGUUGUACUAUGUGUUUGGACAUGUAUUCUAUUUAGCUCCUCCUUGUAUCUCUUUUGUGUAUUAUUAAGGACAUCUCAUUAAAUUAUGGAAAUAUAUUUUUCCUUUUCAA